AAAUGAUUCUCCUCCCACAGCUCGCGCUAACAUACGCUCCCCCACCUAAUAGCGACUGGUUUCACAUCAACAAUGAGUGUCUUCGCUGAGUUCAGUGAAAAACACGCCCGUAUUUCAAUAAACCUGCUGAAAAUCUAUUGCGUUUAGCUUAUUAUCUGUCCAACAGAACUGCAUCUAACUGACAACACGCACUGGUGUACAAGUAAGGAGAAAACUAAAGAAGUCAGACAAAACUUUGAGAAGUGUACAGUGGGUGUGUGUGCAAUGGCUGGUGGAAGGAGAGGGGCGAAUCGUACCACUUACUGCAGACCUCCCCUAAGCAGUGAGCCAGGCUCCGUUAGCAAUGGCAACCACACAACCAGCUCUCCAGUCACAGGGGUACGAUCUCGAACAAGGAAUGGCUCAGGAACAUGCAUGUCCAGUCCCCCGCUUGCCACACAGACCGUGGUUCCUCUGAAGCACUGUAAGAUCCCUGAGUUGUCUGUGGAUCAGAACGUGUUGUUCGAGCUCCAUCUUUUCUUCUGCCACCUCAUCGCCCUCUUUGUCCACUAUGUCAACAUCUACAAGACUGUGUGGUGGUACCCACCAUCACACCCUCCAUCACACACAUCACUGAACUUUCAUCUUAUUGAUUAUAACAUGCUGGUUUUCACGAUCAUCAUACUGGCAAGGAGGUUAAUUGGAGCAAUUGUAAAAGAGGCAUCACAAAGUGGUAAACUCUCCUUCCCUCACUCAAUAUUUUUGGUGAUGGCACGAUUUGCUGUGCUUACACUGACGGGCUGGAGCCUGUGUCGAUCCCUCAUUUACCUCUUCAGAACGUAUUCUGUUCUCAGCCUGCUCUUCCUUUGCUACCCAUUUGGGAUGUAUAUUCCGUUCUUCUGGCUUAGCUGUGAUUUCCGGAGAGCAGGUACUUUCGCCCCCAUCACUAGCAUCGGCUCUAAGGAGGUGGGCAGCGUGAGUCGAGGCAAAGACUACCUGACUGUGCUGAAGGAGACGUGGAAACAGCACACCAGCCAGCUGUAUGGUGUCCAGGCCAUGCCCACUCACGCCUGCUGCCUCUCCCCAGACCUCAUCCGCAAAGAGGUGGAAUACCUGAAGAUGGAUUUUAACUGGAGGAUGAAAGAAGUGCUGGUCAACUCAAUGCUUAGUGCAUACUAUGUGGCAUUUGUACCUGUAUGGUUUGUAAAGAGCACCCAGUAUGUAGAUAAGCGGUGGUCUUGUGAGCUUUUUAUACUGGUGUCAGUCAGUACGUCCGUCAUUCUCAUGAGACACUUGUUGCCUCCACGAUACUGUGACCUGCUUCACAAAGCUGCAGCUCACCUUGGCUGCUGGCAGAAAGUAGACCCCGCACUCUGCUCCAAUGUCCUUCAGCACAUAUGGACUGAAGAGUACAUGUGGCCACAGGGAGUCCUGGUAAAACAUAAUAAGAAUGUUUAUAAAGCCAUGGGCCACUAUAAUGUUGCAGUCCCAUCUGAUGUGUCCCAUUAUCGCUUCCAUUUCUUCUUCAACAAGCCUUUACGAAUAUUGAACAUACUCAUCAUUCUUGAAGGUGCCAUGAUAUUCUACCAGCUCUAUUCAUUGAUAUGCUCAGAAAAGUGGCAUCAGACGAUAUCGCUGGCCUUGAUUCUCUUCAGCAACUACUAUGCCUUCUUCAAGCUCCUCAGAGACAGAAUAGUCCUAGGAAAGGCAUACUCUUACUCCAACAGCUCAUCAGACCAAAAAGUCAGUUAAGUCUCAAGUUAAAGUUGGUCAUACUUAUUUUGGAGUAAAAAACAUGCCGAGGAGGUCUGUAAUUUUUUUUUUUUACAAAAUGCAUUUUGUCACAUUUUUUUGUUCUGAACUGUCAUAAUAAAAAAAGAAAUAUUUU